GGGGUUUGGUCAGAGGUGUGACCUGACCAUGUGUUCGGGAGUGUGACCUCGCACCUGACGCGUUUGGCACGAGCACGCGCACGGCUAUAUAACGUGUCCGGAGCCGGGUCCGAGCAUCACUCCGACCGGAAUACACUCUUCGGCUUCUCUUCCCACGGACAGCAUGGAGAAACUCUCUCACAGACUCGCCUCCGAAAGCGACGCGACGCGACCCUGGAGACCCUGGACGCGCAGCAGCGGGCGCGCGCGCAACACCGGCGCUCACGAGCCUUAUAAAAGAGCAUCCGCUGAGGAACAUCACUCCAAGGCCUCUUUGAUCUCGCACCCUGUAAAGUUGUUCUGGCCCAGAUCCCGCUGCUUUGAUUAUCUGUACCGGGACGCUGAGAUCCUCCUGCGCAGUUAUCCGGUCCAGGCCACAAUCUGCCUGUACGAGGACUCCGACAGCGACGAUGACGAGGAGGAUCGUGACGAAGAGCACGAGAAGGAGCUGAACUGAACACCUUCAUCCCUUCCUUCAUAGACUCUGAAUUCCCGCUCACUUUUAGUCGACGCUUGUAAAUAGCUGUGAAUAUACGUGUAUAUAUAAACCUAGACUUUAUUUUUUUAGUAUUUAUGAUAAAUUAUUAGGCCUGCUGUAACUUAUUUCCUAUCAAUAAAUGUUUAGAAAUG